ACAUACAUUUAUAGCAAUGACGGUAUCGUCUAAACUGGUCGAAGUACCAAAAUCCGGAUUUUCUUCAAUCCCGGUUAUAGAUAUCUCUGACCCGGAAUCCAAACACGACAUGGAAAAAGCCUGUGAAGACUUUGGAUUCUUCAAGGUGAUCAACCAUAGCGUUUCUUCGGAGCUAGUCUCUGUUUUGGAUCACGAGGCCGUCGAGUUCUUCUCAUUGCCUACGUCCCAGAAAACCCAAGUCGCAGGUUAUCCCUUUGGAUACGGGAAGAGAGCGAUUGGUCGCAGUGGGGACGUUGGUUGGGUUGAGUACUUGUUGAUGAAUGCUAAUCUUGAUUUCGGUUCCCAUCCAUUCCCUCCGGGUCUCUUGCAAAACCCCGAAACUUUCAGAAAUGCAUUGUUGGAGUACACAAAAUCAGUGAGGAAAAUGACAUGCGAUGUUUUGGAGAUGAUGACUGAUGGGUUAGGGAUCAAACCGAGGAACACACAUAGCAAGCUUGUCUCUGGUGAAAACACUGACUCCAUAUUCAGGCUUAAUCACUAUCCACCAUGCCCUCUUAUCAACAACAAUAAUACCAAUGGUAGCAACAUUGUGAUCGGUUUUGGCGAACACACCGAUCCUCAGAUCAUCUCUGUCUUAAGAUCUAAUAACACUUGCGGUCUCCAAAUCAAUCUAUCUGACGGCUCCUGGAUUUCUGUCCCUUCAGAUCCCUCCUCCUUCUUCUUCAACGUCUCCGACUCUCUCCAGGUGUUGACAAAUGGGAGGUUUAAGAGCGUUAAGCAUAGGGUAUUAGCGAACAGCAGGAAAUCUAGGGUUUCUAUGAUUUACUUCGCUGGACCUUCGUUAACUCAGAGAAUCGCUCCCUUGACUUGUCUCAUUGACAAUGAAGACGAGAGUUUGUACGAAGAGUUCACUUGGUCUGAAUAUAAAAACUCUACCUAUAACUCUAGAUUGUCUGAUAAUAGGCUUCAGCCAUUUGAAAAGAAAGCUGUAUCAUUGAAUGAUUGAUAGGUUAUGUUCGUGAUUUGUUG